AUGUAUUGGGGAGGCAUCGGAGUUUGGCAGAAUUCGCAGGUCUUCCUCCGACCUGUCAUUCUUGUCGUUCCCCUCAUCAAUCUUCAGCGUUCUCUACUCCGAAAUUCGGUCGCCUUAUACGUUCUCACACUUUUAACGCCCAUUCCAGCUUUGGUUCCUGCUGAUUUCCUUGAUUCAGAGGAGCUACAGAUGGCCGCGAUCAAGACACUCUACGGCCCGGUCGCUGGAUUCGAUGAUCCCUUUCCCACUGUUCAAAGUGACUCCUGCCCCCAUGAGCAGUCGGAUGGUGGCGAAGCGCCGGUAUCAAAAUGGCUUGGAAUUCCUUAUGCACGAGCCGGGCGUUGGCAGAGACCCCGCUCCCCCACACCUUGGGCGGCACCGCUGCAGUGCACUAAAUUUGGACCUCGAUUUCCACAGGCCCUCAACCUUACCGACCUGAUCUUCAGCCGCAAGGAAGGUUUCAAUCAAAAUCAGCAUUCUCCUCCCGAGAGUGAAGAGCUUGGGUUCAAUCUAAACGUUUUCGCCCCGAAGUCUUCGCAAGUUACCGGAGAACUACCUGUCUUGGUGUGGAUAUAUGGUGGCUCUCUCGAAGGCGGCAGUUCUGAUUCAGCAAUUUACGACCCUACCGAAUGGAUCCGCCGGGAAUCGCACGAGGGGAGAAAUUUUAUUGUGGUUACUGGGAAUUAUCGAUGCGGGAUCUUUGGUUUCAUGGCUUGUCAAGAUUUAGUCGAAGACGAUUCAGAGGAUUUGGCGGGAAAUUAUGGUCAGGCUCAGUUGUUGCAACUCUAUGGAAAGGAUCGUUCUGAUAUUGAAUUACUACUAAAGGAGCUUAUGAUUGCAUUGCAAUGCUUCAAUGGGUGGGUCUCCUUUGUUCAAGAUAACAUUCGAGCUUUUGGGGGGAAUCCUGAUAAUGUCACCAUCUUUGGGGAGUCUGCGGGCGCUUUCCUCGUUGGCGCGUUGCUCGUUACCCAGCAAAAACUCUUCAAACAGGCUAUUUUGCAAUCGGGUGCUCCAGAAACGCUAACACACCGUAGCGUAGACUCUAGUAUAAACCGAGAGUAUUUCGAAAGUCUGUUACAGCACUUCAAUAUCCCUCAUGGUCUGGCGAGUGAACAGCGAAUAAAAUUAUUAAAGGAAAUUCCAACCUCGAAAAUUAUGGAAUUUGUUUCGGCACGCGGGGCUGUUGUUAACGAUUAUGGUCUGACAAUUGAGGAGUCCGUAAAGUCGUCAAUCUGGACAAAGCCCGCCAUCGAAUUGAUCAAGGAAAGGAAGUGGAACCCGCAUCUCAAGUCGUUAUUGAUGGGACACACUAAAGAUGAGGGUAGCAUCUUUGCUUUCUUCUUCCAAACUACGACCAAAGAAGGUUACGAACACGUGCUGAGAAAGCGGUGCCCGUUCUCACCUCAAAACAAGAUUGAAAAAUUAUACCCUCCGCCUGAAGAUCUUGAGACCCAGACACCUUUGACGACCGACUGGAAAAAUUGCGCCGGCUCGCGGUUGAUUGCUGAUCAAUUAUGCGAAAGCCCGAUGGAAAAUUUGGCCAUGUCAUUUGACGAGGUUAAGCACCACGUGACCGGAGAGCCGUGCAAACUUUUUUUCUAUCAAUUAAAUGAAAAUCUUCCAUCGAUCGAUCGUGGAUUAGAUUGGGGAGCAUUGUAA